AUGGAAUAUGAACAUGAAAUUAACAAUAUUCUGAAAGAAGCUUAUAUUGGAAGGCGCUCUAAAAUGAAUCAACAAUUACUUACUCUGCUUCGAGAAACAAAACAAUCUAAUGAUCCUAUUUUACUUAAACAUAUCAUAUGGUUAAAUGAUCAAAUCAAGAAUGUUACGGAUACUGAAAGGAUCGAAUGGCUAAUGUCUUCUGUUCAUGAUAAAUUUUAUCCUCCCUUAUGCAUAGAUAAUGCCACGAGUACUCCAUGGAAUAAUACCGAUUCAAACAUUUUAAAACUUGGAGGGUGCAAAGAUUUGGAAGAGAAAUAUCCAACUGGGACUCCUCUAAAAGACAUAAUAUCCUUUGCAAAUAAGGAACUUUCUACGAUAAAUCACAAAAUUUUGAUAGAGCAAAGUCCAGAUAUUGGUGAUUGCUCACUUGUAGCGUCAAUUAUUAAUAUAAGAAAGGCAUCACUCCAAAUACCUAGGAUUAAAAAAAUAUCCAACAAUUUAUAUCAAAUUCAAUUGAAUUUUAAUGGAUCAAAUAAAAGAUUGGCCUUUGUAGAUAGUUCACGGAUACCAACGGAUACUGAUGGAGAACAACUAUCACUGAAAAGUAACCUAAUUAAUGAUAAAAUUAUGGAAAUUGCAUGCCUAGAUAUUCAAUCUGGAUCAUAUGAUACACAAGGCUCUAAUGUAGUUAUUGACACAUACCUAAUGACCGGGUUUAUCCCUGACAUAAUCCAGUUAAAAAAUAUUUCUUUUGAACAGUUCUCAAAAUAUUUUGAGAGUGAUAUAUGUUUAAUGGCGAUUGGUACAUCUGAUAUUAAUAAAGCUGAUCCUUUAAAUAACUACCUAUUACCAUUUCACGAUUAUGUAAUUACUGAAACUCAAAAAAAUACAAAACAAGUUAUACUCCAGGACCCGUUGGAUUCCACAUUGAAUUUGAAAUUCGAAUUUAAUGAAUCUUUUAAAAAUUCAUUUUAUCAAUUAUAUAUAAAUUGGGAUCAUUCAAAAUUAUUCAAAUGUGAGGAACGGAUUACGUUCAGAUACGACAGUGUUGAAUCAAACAGAUUAGAUAGCAUAUAUGGUAAGCCAAUUUUUAAAUUGAUUAAUAAUUCCUCCAGCCCCCAAAUUGUGUGGUUAUUUCUCGAAACUCAUAUUGAUAAGAAUAAUAAGAAUAACAUAGCUUAUAUUCAAAGAAUUCCUUCCUCUAGUAUAUUAUCGAAACCAUUUCCACCCAGUGGAUCUGUAGUCGAUAUAGGACUACAGCUACUGAAGAUUGAUGUGCCCAAUAGGUCAUUUAGGAAUUUUUUUGUGUAUUCCAAAAAUACCACACCUUUUACUCUCCAUUCAUAUUGUAUAUCUUCUGAUCUUCAACUUACUAAACCAAAAAUCCAAUCUUUCUUACAGAAUUCUGAAUUUACUUGGGACAGAUCAGAUGAUUUACAUAGAGAAGUUACCCAACCUACCGAUUACUUAAUUGGUGGUAAAAAUUUCUACUUAAACCCAACAUUCUCUUUGGAGGUUAAAUCUGAUAAUAAUGAAGAAAUUAUAUGUGACGUUCAAUUACACUCUCUAUAUUUGGAUGAUCUUUUGAAUGUUCAAAUAUUCAAUAUAAAUGAUGAAAAUUUAUUAAAUCCUCUAUUACCAAUGUCUGAAUAUUCUAAUAAUACAUGCACAAAACUGGAUAUUCCCCUAAUAACAAAUAACAAGUACAAAUUAAUAUUUUCAAGAUACAAGCAACUCAUAUUAAAUUCCAACUAUACCAUAUUGAUGCAUAUCAAAGGAAACCGUGAACAAAGUAAUGAUCCACUGCAUAUCGAUAUUCAAAGAAUUUAUACUGAGUAUGGUGGGCUAGCUUAUCAUAACAAGGCUGACAUAUCCUUCGAACCCCUUAAGAAACGUUAUAAAAUAUUUAUGACGAAUACAAAUCGUACCAAUGAAUUAUUUAUUAGAAUGAAACCUAUAGAAGAAAACGGAAAAGCCUUGAGAUGUAACAUUUUCGAUGGAGAAUCCCAUGAAUGUCUUUAUAAUAACGCGAACUUUUAUAAGGGAACCUUUGUCAUUCCAAAUGUCGGAAUCAAGUCAGAUUGUGAUUCUGUUGUUAUACUGAUAGAAUUAGAAGAGGCAACUAACAGAAAAUUAGCAUAUGAAGUUUUUAUAGGCUCUAAAUGGAAAAUAUCCAUAGUCGAAGAAGAUAAAAAAAACUUAUAA